ACACGAGCGUAUGGUGAAAAUUAGAAUCAUUUUUGUGAAAAAUUACGCAUAAAUUGUCAAAAAAGAAUCGAUUCACUUAUUUAUGCGUCAAUCAUGAGCAGACGACGUCGAACGAGUUCGUUUCAAGAUGAUGAAGAUAGCGAGGACGAUGUCACUCCGGAGCAUAGCCCAGCCCCAAGCUCAAGCACAAGAAAGAAAAAAAAAUUAGAUCCGAUGGAACUUUGCCAACAACUGUACGAAUCCAUUCGCAAUUUUAAAAAGGAGGAUGGCUCAACGCUGUGCGACACUUUCAUAAGGGCUCCGAAACGACGGCAAGAACCUUCUUACUACGAAGUAGUGGCGAAUCCGAUUGAUUUACUGCGCGUGCAACAGAAACUAAAGACAGAUUCUUAUGAAGAUGUCGACGACUUGGCCACGGAUAUUGAACUGAUCGUAAACAAUGCCAAAGCCUUCUACAGGCCAGAUUCGUCAGAGUUUCAAGAUGCCUGCCAACUAUUGGACGUAUUCAAUACGAACAGAAAGCGAAUUGUGGACAAUCAGUUAGAAGAGGGCAGUUUGGAAAUUCGGCCACGAAAAAUAACUCGUCCGCGUAAGUCCAUCACAGCAGAAGAUGAUGGCUCGGAUGAAGGACUAGAUUUUGAUCCCUAUGAGGAGCUUUUCGUUACGGUUAUGACAGCAACCGAUCCGCUUGAUAAUCACGAGCUGUAUCCUAUGUUUCAACUGUUGCCGUCAAAGAAACUAUAUCCUGAUUAUUACGACAUCAUUGAUCAUCCAAUCGACUUAAAGUUUAUUGCAACUAAAAUCCAAACGAGCGCAUAUUCGAGUCUCAACGAAAUGGAGAAAGAUCUUUUGCAAAUGACAAAGAACGCCUGCACUUUCAACAAGCCUGGUUCGCAAAUUUAUAAGGAUGCAAAAAUGCUGAAAAAAAUCUUUAUGGCUCGGAAGGCAGACAUUGAAUCGGGGCGUUAUAAAAGGCCUGCGUCGAAAAGAACACGGUCCACUUCAAGUGCCAUGGUUGCAGCCUUGAAAGAGGAAAUUGAAAGCUCCGAUGAUGAUUUAGACGAUUCGAUGGAAACAGAAGGGGAUGGUCCACUUUGGCAGUUGUUUGAUCAGCUGUACAAUACGGCCAAUAGCAACGAUCCUAAUGCUGUAGGUGCCCCAUUGGGUGAAUCAUUAUGGAAGCUACCGAACAGGCGAUUUCAUCCGGAAUAUUACACGCUGAUUAAAAAGCCAAUCUCUAUGGCACAAGUUCGGAACAAACUGAAAAAGGGUUCGUAUGCUCACAUUACCGAUAUGACGGCGGACUUAUACCUAAUGCUGGACAAUGCUAAGAAAGCAAAUCCACCGAAUCAUAAAAUUCAUAAGGACGCUUUGAAAAUGCAAAAAAUACUGAAUCAAAAACUUGUAGAUUCAGGUGCUGAUUUGGAGGAAAGUGACGAAGAUGACGAGGAAGAAGAUGACACUGAUUCAUCGAAUCCUACUGCGUCCCGCAAAAAAGGUCGUAUAAUCUCUGGUCUUAGUUCGUCGUCAGUCGGUACACCGUUCAUUAAAUCGCACAAAAUGCACGCGUCUGCACCUUUGAAGAGAAAAUUGCUUUCAUUACAUGAAUUUCUUGUCGAUUUCACUUUCGAUGAUCGCCAACCAAUGGGAUUAUUCAUGGAGAAACCAUCGAAAAAGUUGUACCCUGAUUAUUAUCAGGUAAUACAGUAUCCCAUCGAUAUGACAACGAUUGAGAAUAACAUUAAAGCUGACCGCUAUGCUACUAUUGACGAUAUUGUUGGCGAUUAUCGGCUAAUGUUCUCUAAUUGUCGCAAAUACAACGAAGAGGGAUCAAUGAUCUAUGAAGAUGCAAACAUUUUAGAAAAGGCGUUGAACGAGAAGCUUAAAGAGUUCUCAGGCAUAAAUAGGAAGCCAAACGUUACUACAAAAAUCAUUAAACCGAUCCGCAAAAACAACUCAACGCCGUUAGAAACCAAACUGAAGCAAAUGUAUGACACAAUACGGGAAUACAGAGAACCCAAACAAAAUCGUCAGUUAUCAUUUAUAUUCAUGAAGCUGCCGUCUAAAAGUGAAUACCCUGAUUACUAUGAUAUCAUCAAAAGUCCUAUCGAUAUAGAAAAAAUUGAAAAAAAAUUACGACAGCAGAUUUACGAGAGCGUGGAAGACAUGGCAACCGAUUUCAUGCUCAUGUUUGAGAACGCGUGCAAAUAUAAUGAACCCGACUCUCAAAUCUAUAAAGAUGCCCUGUGUUUGCAGCAGUUGCUUAUACAAACAAAGCAAUCGCUCCGUAGCGAUGAAACAGUUCCAAAUGUGCAACAGGCCGUUCAAGAGUUGCUAUUGUCCUUGUUCACAUCGUUUUACAACUAUCAAGACGAAGAAGGCAGAUGUUAUUCGGAUUCUUUAGCCGAACUGCCGGAAUAUGAUGAUGCCGAUGGCAAUAAGAUCCGAGCAAUUUCGUUGGAUCUUAUAAAACGCCGAUUAGAUAAAGGACUUUACAGAAGACUGGACACUUUCCAAGAGGAUAUUUUCAGUUGUCUUGAGCGUGCGCGCAGAUUGAGUCGUACUGAUUCGCAGGUUUUUGAGGAUUCGAUUGAAUUACAAUCAUAUUUUAUCAAAAAACGAGAUGACCUAUGCCACAAUGGACACAUUUUAGAAUCACCUGCUUUGAGUUACAAUGCAAUGCACCUAAGUGCCGCAGUCGAAUCGCUACGGCAAGCAAAACUUUUACAAGAAGAAGAAACUGACACCGAUAACGAUGCAGUGCAACCCUCCCAAGGUGAAAGUAUGACAAUCGAUCAUAAAGUAUUUUCGCCUGGAGACUUUGUGUACAUCGAUUUGGUCGAAAAUAAAAUUCCCGGAAUAAUGUAUAUCGAACGUCUAUAUACUACGGCUGACAACGUAAAAAUGAUGGAUGGCCUUAUGCUUCUAAGGCCAUUCGAAACGUUUCAUGUUCAAACGAGGAAGUUUAUGGAGCAAGAAGUUUUCAAAAGCGAUCAACGGGUACAGGUCCCACUUUUCAAAGCUCUUAAUAAAUGUUUUGUAAUGCAGGUGCGAGACUACGUGAAGUCGAAACCCGAAGGGUUCCCGGAAAAAGAUGUCUUUGUGUGCGAAUCUCGCUACAGCUCAAAGGCGCGAUCGUUUAAAAAACUGAAAACUUGGAAUCUGACGAGGUCAUUUGAUCCUGUUAAUUUGAUUCCGCGCGAAUCACCCCUCGUUGUUAAGCGAGUUAUGUCCGUAUUCAAAGAGCGUGUUGAAAAGCACAAGGAAGAGCUAUCGGAACUACAGCUUCAAGAAGCGAUCCCAGAGAAGGAGAAACCGAAUGUUGUUAUUUACAUGAACGGUUCGGAGGAUGGCAACGUAUACUAUGAACAGUACAACACUGUUUGUGGAGGAGUAGUUAAAACCGGUGAUUAUGUGUACGUCGCAACGGAGUCCGGAAAACAGUCGAUUUCUCAAAUUACAUCCAUCUGGGAAACCCGAGAUGGAAAAUCGUUGUUUCGCGGACCGUGGCUUCUUACACCCCCGGAAGUUCCUGGUACCAUAAGUCGCUUAUUCUAUCGACAGGAAGUGUUGCUUUCUACUAUUCAAGAAACAACAUCCACUGUUGCAAUCGUUGGAAGAUGUGUAGUUCUUGAUCAGAACGAAUAUAUAAGCCGGCGACCAACUGAAAUUGCGGAAUCGGAUGUGUUCAUGUGUGAAUCGAUUUUUGAUGAAUUCAAAAAGCAGAUAAGAAAAAUAGUUGCUCCAUCAGGAUUGCGUAAGUUUACUCACAGUCAGAUGGUAACGACGGAUGAAGUUUAUCAUUUCCAACGCCCAAUAAAUCCUCCAAAGGACAUGAAGGACGAGUUUGGCAUUAUCGAUGAUUCGAUCGAUGGCCCUUCGUCGAUUGGUUCAGAUACGGUGCUGACGGCAUCGCCUCUUCCAUCACACACGGUUAAUAGCAGCACCUCAACGACAACUAGCAAAAAAGCUUCAAAAUCGGGUAAAAAACUGCUCACUGGCUAUCUACUCUACUCGAGCGAACACCGGAAAACAAUCUGCGCUAGUAAUCCGGAAGCGACGUUUGGUGACGUGUCACGCAUUGUCGGAAACGAAUGGCGUAAUUUGAGCGAUCAAGAGAAAACCGCAUGGGAGCAGAGAGCUAUCAAACUCAAUGAAGAGAAUGCAGCAAAGUACGCGGCGGAAAUGGGAGAAUCAAGCUGCCCAAGCCCAGCCACCGUUAAGACAGAGGGUCCGGUCGUACAGGACAUCGUAUACGAAUGCUGCUGGGAUAAAUGCGACUAUCAGUUUGAAGACCCGGCAGAAUGCACUGAGCACUGUAUCGGAGAAGGCAAUGGAUGCGUGUACAAAACGUUCAUGGCCCCAACGGAACAAGAAUUUAUCUGUAUCUGGCGCAAUUGUGUACGCCUUCGGCGUAACAUGCCACCGUUUCCCCACAUUGUCCGUCUAGCAAAGCAUGUUAAAGAGGUACAUUUGACGAAAAGUGUCAGCAAAUUGGUGCUACCUCACGAAAGGAGCAAAAAUUAUGUUCCUUCAAAGCGUCAACCAACGCAGGUGCAAACAGCACAAAGCUCAAGCAACUCUUCGCUGAACUUCGGUAGCAACAGUAACAACAGCGCAAUGAUAACAUUGCAACCUAUGGGUACAAAUAUGGUGAAUUCGUCGAUAAACUCAAAUAACAUUGCACAGUCAGCACAGAAUACUAUGCUGUCUGGAAAUUCACAAAUGCAGCCGAUGAAUAAUUUACAACAGUACCAGCAGCAAUCAAACUCAGUGGUGCCUAGCGGAUCUGGCACAUCGCAGGCGAAUACCUCUCUUCCAUCGUCCUACUUCAGUUAUGUUUCUGCUCAACCGGCGGAGCCAUUAUUCGUAACUGUGCCUCCACGACCGCAACGUGUUUUGCAUUCUGAAGCGUACAUAAAAUACAUUGAGGGGCUCCAACAAAAGUCGACAUAUGUUACACCUUGGCAGAAAACACUCACUGCAACAAGAGAAUCUAUCCCUAACACAGACGUCAAUCGGUUGCCUACACACUGGCUAGGCAAACGAGCGAAAGAUCGCCCAGAGGCCGUGGUCAGUGCUCUUUGGCAACUACGAAAUUUCAUGAUGAAGGAAGUUAUUCAGUUUGAUCGAUUUUAGGGGGCAGGUAUGCUAGAGACUAAAUUUCUUUCAUAUUAAACAGAUUAUUAUCGAGGAAUAUUGAACUUUCAUUUUACUCAUACAUUUAAUGUCUCAUACACAACGGAUUUAGCAUCUAUUUUUUUUAUAAGAACUCAAAAAGAAAUUUGAAUUUUAUCUAAGAAUGUAAGUGAAAAUACGAGUAAAACAAAUAAACAUUACAACC